CUAUUUGAUGUAUUUCUACACGGAAGUCUCUCCUCCUCCCUCCUGUGUUUUUAACCACUAGGGCUUAGCUUCAUGCCAUCUCCAGAAAUGGACAAUGUCUCCAGUGUUUGCUCUUCUGUCUCUCCUGCAGAAAACGACCCAGAAACCUGCGACAGCUCCUCCUCGACAGAAGAAGAUGGCUUAGUGGACGCGUUUGGAGACCUGGCUGCUCUCCCGGUCGAGGUCGGAGAGAGAAGACCGACGUGUUUACGGUGCCGUCGCCCUCAGAAGGUGUGUCUCUGUCCUUUUCUUCCAUCGCAACCCCUGGAGGUCUCCACAUGUCUGUAUAUAGUGCAGCAUCCUGCAGAGGAGAGCCGAGUACUUCGCACAGUGCCUCUUCUCGCUGCUUGUUUGCCACAAGGAAAAUGCAACGUCAUCGUCGGAAGGAGAUUUAAUGAAGAAAAGCACCCGGAGCUGGCUGCGGUGUGCCGAGACAGUAAAACUCUUAUCUUAUAUCCAGGCCUCCAAUCCCAGAACCUGGAGGAGUUAGUGCAAAACCAAGAAGUCGGAGCUGUAAAACAUAACGUCAUCAUUAUAGACGGCACCUGGAGUCAGGCGAAAAACAUGUUCCUCAAAAACAGCCUGUUCCACCUCCCUAAACAGGUGCAGCUCAACAGGACUCUGUCCAGUCAGUACGUGAUCCGCACACAACCCUCCAACAUCUGUCUGUCCACGCUGGAGUGUGCCGCUGUGGCCCUUUCCAUCCUGGAGAGGAACGACGACAUCCAAGAGGUUCUUCUGAGACCUCUCAAAGCUCUGUGCUCGUUCCAGCUGCAGCACGGCGCUCAGGUUCAUCACAGCAAGGAGCAUCUGCUGAAGAACGGCAUGUACGACAAACCCAUGCCCAAGAACAAACGCAAGAUAAAGAGGAUGGAGAAGCUUGUCACGGACCGCAACAUCUUCCCUAGAUGAGGGCGGAGAGAGAAAAAGAGGCUGAAAUCCUCUCCAAGUAACACAGCUGUCAACGCUGCAGAGGACUGUGUCACCAUGGCAACGUGUAGCAGCAGCAGCAGCAGCAGCAGCAGCGUACAGACACAGAAACCACUGGACUUCUUAGGGAGGGUUUUUAUUUUAUUUUUAAUUAUUUUUUAAGAUAAUUGGUGUAUGCUGGUUAAUGUUAUUUAUGCAUUUGUCAUUCAUUUUAAAAGAAAAUAAACUGAAUGACAAUGAAAGAUGUAGUUAUAAAGUGUCAUGGUGUGACAAUAAAUCAGGUUCCUGACUUU